AUGCCACGCCAAUCCACACCACUGUACGACAAUCCACACCACUGUACGACAAUCCACAAAACUAUACCACUUCAAUCCACACCACUGUACGACAAUUCACACAACUACACCAUACCAAUCCACACCACUGUACCACAAUCCACAAAACUAUACCAUGCCAAUCCACACCACUGUACGACAAUCCACACAACUAUACCACACCAAUCCACACCACUGUGCAACGUCGAUCCACUCCACUGUACGUCAAUCCACACAACUGUACAAUGUCAAUCCACACCACUGUACGACAAUCCACACAACUAUACCACGCCAAUCCACACCACUGUGCAACGUCGAUCCACACCACUGUACGACAAUCCACACAACUAUACCACGUCAAUCCACACAACUGUUACACGUCAAUCCACACAACUAUACCACGCCAAUCCACACCACUGUACGACAAUCCACACAACUAUACCACGCCAAUCCACACCACUGUACGACAAUCCACACAACUAUACCACGCCAAUCCACACCACUGUACGACAAUCCACACAACUAUUCCACGUCAAUCCACACCACUGUACGACAAUCCACACAACUAUUCCACUUUCCGUUCAGCACUACUUACUCUGCUUUGAUAUCCAUAUGUG